GCGGAGUGUAUCGCAAGGCCAGAGACAGUGGAACAGUGAAAGGGCUGCCUGCUCGAGUCUUGCGUUCUUACUGAAUGUGUAGUCAAUUCCUCCUCCUCGAUUACUCACUUGCAGCUUUCUUGGCUAAACGAAAAAACUGCUAAAGGAAAAACAGCUUCUCUCAGACCUCCAACAGGAUCUAAAUGCAAACAUAUUUUUUGCCAACUAGUUAUAUCUUUAGAUGUUCUUGAAAAGCACAGGCUACAUGUGUAUAGAUGUCGAUAUUAUCAAUACCGCUCUAACGCCAACGUGGACACUGCAUUUGAGUUCAGUGACAAACUGACAAGGAGGCAGCUACAUGGACACUCACGCUCCUACAAUCUCAGAGACGCUGUGUUCUUGAUUUUUUCUCUUCCUUCGAUUCGUGUGGAAAUCAUUUUGGUACAGUUGAUGAUUUCCAAUAGAAGUAGUGGCAGUGCUCAUUGAUCGAGUUAGUAUUUGGUCGGCAAAGGACUAAUUCAUUCGUUUACUAAUGCCCUGCAAAAUGUUUGAAUCCAAAUACCUCUGAAUAAAUAGAAGGGACCAGUAGCAGACCCAUGCAGGGCUUCGAUAGUUGGUACGUUUUUCAUUCCUUAGGAAUUAUUUUGCAAGUGGCAUUUCUUCUCGCAUGAUAAUAUAAUAAUAUAUUUAUAUGCUGCAUAUAAUUAAUUAGCAUUAGUAAAACGAAGGAUUCCGUCACUUUAAUUGAUGAAUUAUAUGUCAGGAGAGAGAGAUGCAGAGAUUCAGAUGAUGAUUUCCAUUGGCAGAUGAUGCGUAGCGUGGAGAACACGUGUCCAUUUUUGCAUCAUAUUUUUUUCUGAUCUGGAAUUCUUCCUUGUCACACCAAGAAGGGAAAGAAGCUGACUGCCAAUGCACGGGCUAUAGAUUUGCGUUUUAUGGAAAUCUUGGGUUUCAGAUUUGAGGAAAACACGUAUAACAUCAUCCCCUCUCCGGCAACUAUGCUUUUCCACGGCCUCCCUGGAGGCGAAAUGCACGUUGUUGUGGAAGAAAUGGACCGGAGAAGAAAGAGCGAAUCCGCAGCUAUCAGUUCGGCCAUAGAUAUGGGAGAAUCUGAAACGAACAUGUCGUGCAUGAACAGCGACAGGGUGUCUUUGUGCGCGGGCUGCGGCGGGAAGAUCGCUGACCGCUACUACCUGCUGGCAGUGGACAAACAGUGGCACAUGCGCUGUCUCAAGUGCUGCGAGUGUAAACUUAACCUCGAGUCGGAGCUCACCUGCUUCAGCAAAGACGGAAGUAUCUACUGCAAGGACGAUUAUUACAGGUUUUCGGUCCAGAGAUGUGCCCGGUGCCACCUCGGGAUCUCGGCCUCGGAGAUGGUGAUGCGGGCCAGGGACUUGGUGUACCACUUGAACUGUUUCACCUGCACAUCCUGCAACAAGAUGCUAACGACUGGGGACCACUUUGGCAUGAAAGACAGUCUGGUGUACUGUCGGCUGCACUUUGAAAAUCUCAUACAGGGGGAAUAUCAGACACAUUUCAAUCAUGCGGAUGUAGCCUCUCACAAAGGACUGGGACCUGCCAACGCUUUGGGACUAUCCUACUUCAACGGCGUGGGGACUGUGCAGAAAGGGCGGCCCAGGAAAAGGAAAAGUCCCGGGCCAGGAGCAGAUUUAGCAGCCUACAAUGCCGCACUCAGCUGUAAUGAGAACGACGGAGACUCUAUGGACAGGGACUCUUACAGCUCCAGUCAGAAGACCAAGCGCAUGCGGACCUCCUUCAAACAUCACCAGCUGAGGACCAUGAAGUCCUACUUUGCCAUAAACCACAACCCAGACGCCAAGGACCUGAAGCAGCUGGCCCAGAAGACUGGCCUCACCAAGCGUGUACUACAGGUCUGGUUCCAGAAUGCUCGGGCCAAGUUCCGGCGGAACCUGCUGAGACAGGAAAACACGGGCGUGGACAAAACCUCAGAUGGCUCCACCCUGCAGGGGGGCACGCCCUCCGGACCCGCCUCCGAUAUCUCCAACGCCUCCAUGAGUCCUUCCAGCACCCCUACCACCCUGACAGACCUGACCAACCCCACCAUGCCCACCGUCACCUCCGUGUUAACCUCUGUCUCUGGCAGCAUGGACGUCCACGAGUGCAGGAGCCCGUUGCAGACCACCCUGACCAGUCUGUUCUGAUGCCCCCUUACAGACUGACCCCUUCAGCUUCAUCUGAUGCCCCGACCCUUUAAACACCCUCACCAGCCUCAUCCCGAACCCCCCCUCGACUGUGUCCACUAGGAACUAAAACACAGACCUUUGACAGAGACAUUAAAUGGACUAGUAAAAUUAAGGUAAAGGAAAAAUACUCUUACUUUUACUCUGAGCCCAUUUGAGAAUAUUUGCGUAGUGAGGCUGCCAAGCCUUGCAGAAGGAACARUUAUUGUUAUUUUGUUGUUGUUGUUUUGUUGCGAACUGAAGAGACUUGAUUUGCAUUUUUCAAUGUUUACAGAAUGAAACUGUGGAAAAGAAAAAAAACUGCUUAAUUUUGGAAAUUCAUUUUUUUCCAGCACAAUAUUUAUGUUGUUGUACAGGAGUCACUGUUAGGAAACAUUGAGAAGGAUUGUAAAAUGAUGGGAAAUCUGAGAUUAAACACAGGCUAAGAUAUGCUAUGGCUGCCA